UUCAGCAAUGCCACCUCACAAGUAGAUGUAAUCCCAGUAAGCAGCAGGUGGCCUUCCACAUUGGCUGCCCGUUCCUCCACUUAUUCCCUCCCACCCUUUUCCCAGUGCUCCAGUGUGGUGGUACCCUUUCACAGGGCCUUUGGACGGGAACAAGGCACGCCGUGGCCCGUAGCUGUGACAGUCACCCUCUGUGCCACAACAGGACCGGGACACCUGAGCUGACCCAACGCUAGGCAACCACAACGCCUCCGAGGCAAAAAGCUUGGGACUUGGCGCGGCUUUGCGGAAGGAACUAUCACAUCGGUGUGCCGCUUUGAAUUGUGCUGAGAAGUUCCCCUGGGUGUUUGGAAAAAGAGACGGACGGCGCAAUGGAUAAGGAUGCUCUGCUGGACUACGAGUACCCAGACUAUGACCCCGUGUCCAAGAAGAUUAACAUUGAAAUAAUUCCUCCAUGUGACCCCACUGCAGAUGACAGGCUAUACCACAUCUGCAUCAGCGCAGUAUCACUGGUCGUCAUGAUGAUCCUCGCGGUCCUAGCCAGACGCACUAAAACGGGCCGCCAACAGAAAGGACUCCCGGGUUUACUCAGUCCCGUCAACUUCCUGGAUCAUACCCAGCACAAGGGCCUAGCAGUGGCUGUUUUUGGAGUGCUCUUAUGCAAACUCUGCGGCAUGGUCAUCUCACCAAACCCUCUGCCCUUCACGACGGAGGCUGAGAACAAACAGAACUGGAUGAUUCUGGGAGUGUUCUUUUACCCCGCACUUUACUACCCUCUCCUGGCAUGUGGCACCCUGCAUAAUAAAGUGGGCUACGUACUAGGAAGCCUUUUGUCAUGGACGCAUUUUAGUGUCUUGGUUUGGCAGAAAAUUGACUGCCCGAAAACACCGCAGAUCCAAAAACACUACUCGCUGUUCUCCAGCCUGCCCCAAAUCGCUUGCUUGGCAUUUCUUAGUUUCCAGUAUCCUCUCCUCCUUUUCAAGGGUUUGAAAGGCACCGAAAAGAAUAAUGUAACCGAGGAUUUAAACAGCAGCUACUACAGCGACUAUGUGAAGAAACUACUCAAGAAGAAGCAGCAAGUGAAAAUCAGCACCGAGAGCCCCAAGCUGCCUCAAAGAAUAACAGAUGCGGUGAUGUCUUACAUUUAUACACCAGAGGAAGCUUUUAGGUUCCCUCUCAAAUUGGCCAUAUCUGGAGUGGUGUCAUUUAUUACACUUUAUCAGGUGGGCUUGCUACUAAUCAUGGCUGUGGUGCCUUCGCUCCAAAUCGCCCGCAUGGGAGUGGAUGAAGACAUCGCCAAUGUUUUAGCCGGUUUCAGGAUCGUGCUCUCUCCAGAUAAACGCCAAGUGGUCCAAAUAGUGGUCCACUACAUGUGGUCCGUCGAAGUGUGCUACAUCUCAGCGAUGACCCUGUCAACCCUCGUCAACUUGGCAAUGUUCAUGAGGUCCAUGGUCCUCCAUCGGGCCAACCUAAAGGGGCUGUACAGGGGAGAUAUCUAUCAUGUUUAUAACUGCCAGAGAAGUAUUCGGGCGUCCCGGCCAGCUCUGGUCUGCUGGAUGGGAUACACCAGCUUCACGGCGGCUCACGUCUGCAUCGGCAUGAUUGUGCAAACCAUGGUGUUCUUCCUCUGUCUUCUCAUCGCUGUCUUCCUCAUUCUCAUGCCCAUCCUACACGGACAGAACUUGCUCCUCUUUCAGAUCCUGUGGAGCAUGUGGCCUUUCUGGCUGAUGAUUCUCCUGGCAGUGUUGAUUCAGCAUAUCACUUCCAGGUUUUGUUUUAUCAAAAGGAUGGCUGGCACACGAGACCUUGACAACAGGGGCAACCUUUUCCUGCUGACCUACCUGCUGUUUCCAGUCAAUGUUCUCAUCGGGGUGCUGCUAGCAGUCUGGCGCAUGAUCAUCACGGCUUUGUUUAACAUUGUUCACAUGGGACGCAUGGACAUCAGUCUCCUGAACAGAAAUGUGGAAGCAUUUGAUCCAGCCUACCGCUGUUACGCUCAUUAUCUGAAGAUCGAGGUGAGCCAGUCCCACCCUGUGAUGAAGGCUUUCUGCGGGAUGCUGUUGCAGUCUGCAGGCCAGAAGAACAAUGUCGUGCAGAGGUCACGGGAUGCUGAAGAGGGUAUCCAGCUGGUCCAGCAGGAGAAAAAGCACCCGAAGGUGUCCAGCGCCGAGCGAGCUCGGGGCCACUGGCAGCUCCUCUUCACGCUGGUCAACAACCCGUCAGUGGUGGGCACCCGCAAACACUUCCAGCAGCGCCCGCCCACCGACAGCUUUGUCAACGGGAGCCUGAAGGGCAGCGGCAAGAAGGAGGCCGAGGCGGCCGCCUGCAACUGAACAAUGAGGCCUGCGUGGCGAGCGAUGAAUGAUGCGCUUCUGUUAUCAACACACACACACACUCUCAUCUUAUAGACGUGCAGUUAGAGAUCAUUCUGCUUUGUUCUGUGCAUGUUCUCCACAGGUGGCUAACAUGGGUUAGGGGGGCCUCACAAUCUCCAAUAUCCAUCAUGACGUGAAAUCCUCCACUUAUUUGCUUUUACUCAAAAUAUAGGAAGGUGUCAUCACUUCAGAUCAUGCAAAGUACCCAAAUGAAUGUGAUAAGUAGCAUUUUGAGAAGGUAUUUAUUUCAGAACCUGACUAUUUAUACAAUUAUAUAAUCAUUGCAUUUCAAUUUUUUGUGUCAUUAUAAAUAACAGAGUUGGGAAUGAUCAGGAAAAUGAAACAUUUGAUUUGUGGUACGAAAAAAAGAACACUACUUGCCUUUUCCUGUUGUCGCUGCAUCUUCUCUAUUUGCCGUUGAGAGAUAUUUUUGCAUUUAAUUGCCAAAUGUCCAAUUUUAAGUGAAAGACCCGCGAAUAUCCUUAUUAUUGACAUAAAAUAAACACGAAAACUUG